AUGAACUACUAUGGUGGCUACUAUGGAGGCCUGGGCUAUGGCUAUGGCUCUGGUUAUGGGUGUGGAUGUGGCAGCUUCCGUGGCUUAGGCUAUGGCUAUGGCAGCUAUGGCUAUGGAGGCCUGGGCUAUGGUGGCUAUGGCUUUGGCUGCUGCUGCCCAUCUUGUGGUGGAAGCCUAGUUUAUGGCUGUGGUAGAUAUGGCUAUGGAGGCUUAGGUUAUGGUGGUUAUGGCUAUGGAAUCUACAGCUAUGGAGGCUAUGGCCAUGGAUGCUGCUGCUCAUCUUGCUGGGGAAGUUAUUAUUUUUCUGGCUUCUAA